AUGACGGAUGAGCUUAUUUCAACGACUGGAGCUGAAAAUGUCACAUGUUCAAAUUGUGGCUACAUCACAUUCUACAUGCCCCCAAAUCUAACAUACAUGUCUCUACGCAGAUGGAUCGUAAGCGCACCAUUUACAUCUAAAGUGAUCGUUAAAAACGCCGUCAACAUUGAUUUGUUCGAUAUUUCCGGUUGUGGUUUUAGAGAUUUUAUUUAUGAAAUUAGAGGAUUAUCUGGCUUGAAAACAGCGUUACUCUCCGGUAACAAUAUGACCCUACUGUCUGAUACUUUGUUUGACACUUUUCAAACGAUUGAAAAACUAGAUAUAUCUGCUUGCAAGCUUGAGCCUUUGUUUAUAUCUCUCCAUAGCAGGCGGCUGUUUCAGAAUCUGAGUUUGCUAUCAUGGCUUGACAUGUCGUCAAAUCGUUUGGAUCUUCUGGCUCCACAAACCUUCCUUGAUAACAAAAACCUAAGAGGAUUAAAUCUCGCGUUUAAUCGUUUUCGAUCGAUCCCGUUUGACCUUAGGAACGCGCCGGUGCUGUAUAUUCUAGACAUGAGAGGGAACUCCCUAACAAGUAUUGAUGCCAAGACGCGUUUAGAAAUGGAUGUUAGGUCCCAUAGCUCUAAAGGUUUCUAUUUAUAUCUCUUCGGCAACACAUUGUCAUGUGCUUGUGAGAAUAUCGAUUUUCUCCUGUGGCUCACCCACACAGACGUGGUUCUAGACAACGGUAGGAAUUACACGUGCAUUGACAACGAUGGGACACUGAUAACAACGCUUGACUUCCAGGAUAUAAACAAACUAUGGCGGUACUGUAGCGGGCAGUAUUUUUUCUAUAUCAGUAUAGUAUGUUUCAGUACUUUAUGUAUAGGCUACUUGCUGACGUUUAUCGUAAACAACAAACUGACUUAUAUUGUAUCGUACGUGCUACAAUAUUUCGGAAACUUUAAGUUACACAGCUGCAAAGACUACAAAUACGGUGUGUACAUUGGUUAUGCCGACAAAGAUUACGGGUUCGCUUGCCACAAUCUUUUACCUUACAUAGAAAACAAGCUUGAAUUAAGCGCGUUUGUUCGAGACCGCGACCUUUUACCUUCCAGUGAUAUUGCCCGAGGGAUUGUCGACGCCGUCAACUGCAGUUGGCGGGUAGUCCUGGUGUUUAACGACAACUUUUUAAAGGCCGACGACUGGAUGCUGUUUACCAUCAGGUGUGCGGUGUACUCUCAGACACCCGCCAACCCGGCGCGGGUUGUCGCGAUGGUCAACAAACGUCAUGUCCACCAGCUGCCCACAGAGCUGUUAAGUGCCAUGGUGGACGACAACAUUAUCGUCGUGUCCAGAUGGGAGCUCGAUUACGUCAUACGGCAAAAGCUCAGGACUUUGUUAUGUAAAUGA